AUGUCUGCGGAGGAGGAGAAGAUCGAGAAUCCCGCUCACCAGGAGGAGGAUGACGAUGCUCCCAAGGCCGAUGACGAGGACACGGGAGCGCACAUCGCUCCCAUUGUGAAGCUGGAGGAGGUUGCCGUGUCGACGGGUGAAGAGAAUGAGAACGUCCUCUUUGAGAUCAAAUCCAAGCUAUACCGGUUCGACAAGGAGGGGAACCAAUGGAAAGAGCGGGGUGUGGGCCAAGUAAAGCUUCUGGAGCACAAGGAUACCAAGAAGGUUCGGCUGCUGAUGCGACAGCAGAAAACGCUGAAGAUUUGCGCCAACCACACAGUGCUACCGUCGAUGUCGCUUCAGGAGCAUGCAGGGAGCGACAAGUCAUGGGUGUGGCACGCACAGGACUUUGCGGACGGAGAGCUGAAGAAGGAGCUUUUUACCAUGCGGUUCGGCUCGCCAGAAAGUGCUCAAAAGUUCAAGAGUGCAUUUGAGGAGGCACAGGAGAAGAUGGCAGCAAUUCUCGGGACCACAGACGCAGCCAAGGAGGUGGCAAAGGAGGCGGAGAAAACAGCAGAGGAGCUUGAGAAGCUGGCUGUCAAGAAGGAUGAGGAGAAGCCAGCUGAGUAUCGCGGCAACACCGAGGAUUCCCGAACCUGCGCGGCGGAUCCCGCCAUGUCAAAUCCCGUUGCUGACUCUCAAAAGGCAGGCUCCACGGCGAUCGCGUCCGCGUUAAAGGACGUCCCGGUUGAGCGUAUAGUGGGGCCUGGAAAUGCCGAGGUGGUCAAGAUAGGUUCCUUCUGGGAGACUCAGCCCGUGGUGAUUCAUUUCCUCCGCCGAUUCGGCUGCCGCAUUUGCAGAGGUGGAGCCAUGAACAUGUCUCGAGCCAUCCCACACCUCCACAAAGCAGGCGUGCGGGUCGUUGCCAUCGGCCUAGAUCAUCUGGGAGUGGAGGAGUUUGUGGACGGGGGUUACUGGAAGGGCGAGCUGUAUAUCGACGAUGGCAAGCGCGCCUACCGUGCCCUGCAGCUCAAAUCCAUCUCCCUCUGGCAGGUGGCGUAUCAGCUACUGUUUGACAAGACUGUGAAGAAGUCCCUUGGAGACACGGCCAAUGUCAAGGGCGACCUGGCUGGAGAUGGCCUGCAAUUGGGAGCCACUUUUUUGUUCGAUAAAGGUGGCAGGUUGCUUCACGAAUUCAGACAAGUGACGGUGGCAGACCAUCCAUCUCCAGAAGAGCUUUUGAAGCCUUUUGCAAUCGAUUCAAGUGUGCUUAGCGGAGUGAAAGAAGCUAGAGGAUCCGCAGAAGAGGCCAUGGCGUUUGCGACUCGUGCAACCAGCUGCCAGCUCCGUCUGCCAGCGAAUCUUCCUCUAAAUUCCGCGUCCAAGGGCCCCGUCUCCGUCCGCCUCCCCGCUGUGCGCGCGGCGGCGGGAGAUGUGGAGAGCAGCGGCGCGGAGAAGCCGCGGAUGGGGGAGCGGCAGGGGGAGCGCGCGAAGGGCAUCUUCGAGUUCGUCACGGACAACCCGUCGAGCCGCUCCGCCAUCCAGCUCAAGAACGCGCCCGCCAUGGACGGCAACGUCGGCCAGAUGAUCUCGGCGAUAGAGGACAAGGGCAAGGACAUGGGGUCGUACGUGCUGUCGGGCGAGUUCCAAUACUUCGUCCGCCAAAUAGGCAACGCGGGCGAUCCAUUGGUGGUGUAUCUGCAUGGCGCACCGGCACAGUCGUGGGGCUUCCGGGAGGUGAUGCAGCAGAUGGCGGAGAAGGGCUACAGAGGCAUUGCACCCGACUGGCUGGGCUUCGGCUUCUCUGAGAAGCCCCAGCCUGGAUACUACUUCGCCUACACUGAGGACGCAUACCACCAAGAGCUGGACCGCGUGUUGGAGACUCUCAACGUCACUGAGCCAUUCUACCUUGUCGUGCAC